UGUAAAAUUUCCUUGUUGGUGGGGGCAUUGUAUUAUCGAAUCAUUGAAUACAAUGUCUACUGGGAUUAUAUAGUGACCGGAAAUAUCCGCCAUGUUUUUAUGUACGCGCACAAUCUCGAGUGGGUAUAUUUAAAAAGGUAGAUAUUUUUGAAGACAUAAUUAAAAAUAUUGACGAUGGUGUCAUCACGGCAGAUAGUUUGUCUUGUGGUUGUAAUACCCCUACUCGUUAUCAUUUGCGAGACCAAACAACAUGCUAAUAAACGAGUAAAACGUUUAUACAGUCCGGAAUCAUUCGAAGAUGACGGCUAUGAGAGUAAUUAUGGCGAUUAUGAUGAAGGCGAUGAUGGUGGUUGGGAUGAAGAAGACGGUUCUGAGGAAAAUGAUGGCGGUGAUUACGACGGUAGGGAUUACGGCGGAAACAGCCACGGUGGUGGAGAUUAUGAUGGUGGUGACAGCACGGACUCUGGUGGCUAUGGACAUGGUACUAUUAAUAUGAUAAAUUAUGGAGGUGGGAGCGGUGGGACGCAGUCAGGUGGCGGUUAUGGAGGCAGCAGCAGAAGCUCCGGGGGCGGAUAUGGCGGAAUGAUGCCAGGAUAUGGAGGUAUGGUAGGCGGAUAUGGUGGCAUGUAUCCAACUUAUGGUGGUACAUAUCCAACUUACGGUGUCUCAUAUCCGACGACUGGUGGAAUGUACCCCACUUACGGUGGCACAUAUCUGACAACUGGUGGAACGUACCCGACUUAUGGUGGCACAUACCCGACUUACGGUGGAACAUAUCCAACGACUGGUGGCACAUACCCAACUUACGGUGGAACAUAUCCGACGACUGGUGGCACGUACCCAACUUACGGCGGUACAAAUCCAUAUUAUGUCGGCACGACUUAUGCUGGCACCUAUCCGACCACCGGUGGCACGUAUCCAACAACCGGCGGUAUAAAUCCAUAUUAUGUCGGCACGACUUAUGCUGGCACCUAUCCGACCACCGGUGGUACGUAUCCAACAACCGGUGGUACAAAUCCGUAUUAUGUGGGCACGACGUAUGCUGGCACCUAUCCGACCACCAGUGGCACGUAUCCAACAACCGGUGGCACAAAUCCGUAUUAUGUCGGCACGACUUAUGCUGGCACCUAUCCGACUAACACCGUCGCUACGUAUAACCCUGCGUAUACGACUGGUACCGUCGCUAGUUAUCCGAGUUACCCUGUUUAUUACAACGGCCAGACGUACCAGCAGCCGACUUACAGCAACACCCAACCGAUAUAUUAUCCGUCUACCAGAACGAACGUUCCUGGUGCCGUUCCCGGUACCCCAGUUAACCGACCGGCGAAUAUAAGACAAACUAGAAAAACUGGUAAAGCAAAUACAGGCUAUAUCCACACCAACCCAACGUUCAGUAAAAUACGUCAAGCUGUUGGGUCAGACCCCAGUAAAAUACGCCAAGCUGUUGUAUCAGAUCCCAGUAAAAGAAAAUAAUAUAUUUUACAAUUAAGCAUUAAUCAUUAAUUUCAUCAUUAAAUACAAUCUGAUCAAAAUACA